AUAAAUCCGGUUAUGCGCUGGACUUUCCAGAGGUAUUAAAGCCAUGCAUAAUACGCAAUACAGUGUAAGUUUUGCUUAUGCAUACGUUAUUGGUAUAUGAUCGAAUAUUCAAAGUGAUAAAUGGCACAGGCUGGAAGCUGUAUUAAUGCAGAUUAUGAAAUAUUGCUUAAAUCAUGUAAAUCACGAAGUAAAACAUUAAAACAUACAAAUACAUAGAUCGAUAUUAGGAAGCAUUAGUGACAAUGAUGAAAUUUCAAAUCAUAUCAGUCACGAAACUAAACAAUUUCCUAAUACGUCUUUAGAUUCCCCUUCUUCAUUCAUCAAACAAAAAAGGUUCCUCUAUAUAAACCAUAGGGUGCCAGACAUAUCAUCGCUCAGUCAAGUGUUCGGCGCAAAUCAAAUCGCAGCAACCAUGGAGGUGAACCUGCUUUUAUUACUCAUCAUAGUAGGCAUCCUGGGAGUGAUCUAUCGGCAAGUUAAAAAGCACUAUGACUACUUCCACGACAAGCCGAUACCGUCGAUGGCCACCGUUCCGCUCUUGGGCAGUACCGGUCCGCUUAUGACGAAGAGAUGCACCUUCAACGAUUUCAUCCAGACCAUUUACAACAAAUAUCCAAGCGCUAAGAUUUUUGGACUGUUUGAUAUGACGACAAAGAUGUUCGUUCUGCGCGAUCCGGAAGUCAUCAAAAAGAUUACCGUCAAAGACUUCGAGUACUUUGUCGAUCGACGGCCACUCUUCGGAGCGAACAAAGAAGACGAUGGCAACGAAAAUAUUCUGUUCAAUAAAACCCUAGUAGGCAUGGUCGAUCAAAGGUGGCGAGAUAUGCGCGCCAUUCUAAGCCCGGCGUUUACCGGAAGCAAAAUGCGCGCAAUGUUCGAGUUGAUUGAACAGUACUGUACGCAAAUGGUACCGAUUUUGAAGGAACAGAGCGCCGAAUCGGGCUACGUGGAUUACGAAAUGAAAGAUUUCUUCUCAAGAGUGGCAAAUGAUAUCAUUGCCACCUGCGCGUUCGGACUGCAAGUCGAAUCGCUGAAGAGCCGUGAUAAUGAGUUCUACACAAUGGGAAAGCAAAUGAUGAACUUCAAUCGAUUUAUUGUUCUGCUUCGGGUAAUGGGACUAAGAUUCUUCCCAAGUUUGAUGAUUAAGAUGGGAGUUGAUAUCGUAGACAGAGAGCAGAACCAGUAUUUCUCCAAAAUCAUCAAGGAAGCAGUACGAGCUCGGGAGACUCAUGGGAUCGUUCGUCCUGACAUGAUCCAUCUACUGAUGCAAGCCAGAAAAGGUACUCUGAAGCAUCAACAAGAAACAACGGAGUCAACUGCAGGAUUUGCCACGGUUGAAGAAUCGGAUGUGGGAAAAUCCGUCGUUUCUAAGACAAUGUCAGAACCGGAGUUCAUCGCACAAUGCUUGAUAUUUUUCCUAGCAGGAUUUGAUACUGUUUCCACAGGAAUGUUGUUCAUGGCAUACGAACUUGCUCUGAAUCCUGAUAUACAACAGAAGCUUUACGAAGAAAUAGCUCAAACCAACAAAGAGCUUGGGGGAAAACCUGCGACCUAUGAUACAUUGCAAAAGAUGAAGUACAUGGACAUGGUCGUAUCGGAGUCUCUUCGAAUGUGGCCGGUGGCGGCAUUCGAUAGGAAAUGUGGCCGUGACUACGUUUUGGAUGAUGGCGCCGGGUUGAAGUUCACCAUCGAUGCCGGAACGUGCAUCUGGGUUCCCGUGUAUGGAAUUCACCGCGAUCCCAAGUAUUAUCCAAAUCCGGACAAAUUCGAACCGGAACGCUUCAGCGAUGAAAACCGAGGCAAGAUCGAUAUGACCAUGUACAUGCCGUUCGGAAUGGGUCCCAGGAAUUGCAUUGGAUCGAGGUUCGCACUGAUGGAGAUCAAGGCGAUCAUGUACGCAUUGCUGUUGAACUUCAGCAUCGAGCGCAACGAGAAAACUCAGGUUCCUUUGAAGCUGGUGAAGGGGUUCGUUGGGCUGCAAGUCGAAAAUGGGCUCCAUUUGAGAUUUAAGAAGAGGAAGUGAAAACUAUGUUGAGCAUUGGAAUAGAUGAUAACAUAUGUAAUAAAAUAGAAAAUAAGAAUAUCAUUUUGCGUUGAUUAUUAUUAAUUAAGUGUAAAAACGAAGAAGUUUCAAAAGAAAAAUCAAAUAUAAAUAAUUUACAGGCCGAUAUAGCAACUCUUAUCAGGAAGUCUUGAAAACAAUUAUCGCCAUAACAAAAAUGUGUUAUUU